CAGAGCCGAUAAUGAUGUGUGAACCGUCCGGCUCAUCCUUGACCGAAUUUGAGACUGGCUUAAUGAACAUUACCGACACGGUGAGAUGAAAAUAAUUGCACUUUCAGCCAUGCGCUUUAUCGACGGCCCCUCACAUAUCUACGAUAGAUGAAAGCCAGAUUCCGCUUUAGAGGAUCUGUCACAGACGAACACGGCGGGACGCGCAGUGUUUCGUCUGUUUCCGGUGUGCAAAAACUAUAUCAUUAGCUGCAAGUAGAGAUUAACGAAGCGUGCCGAGGUGUUCCGUCACUGAAAAAGGGCAGGGUUUUAACCUUGACGUUAAAAAUAGUUGCUACGAAUUUGUUUGAAAAGAUGUGAAGCUUCUCCCUUUUUAUCCUUGUUGGGAUUGAGCAUGGCGGAGGAGGAGGACAAAUCCAGCCUAGAGGCAAAAUUUGAUGCCGCAGUUAGAGUGAUCCGGAGUUUGCCUGAGGAUGGUCCUUACCAGCCAUCUGAUGACAUGAUGCUGAUGUUCUAUAGUUACUACAAACAGGCCACCUUGGGACCAUGCAACAUCCCCAGACCAGCUGGCUUCUGGGACUCUCGUGGAAAAGCUAAAUGGGAUGCAUGGAGUUCUUUGGGGAAUAUGACAAAGGAGGAGGCCAUGAAGAAUUAUAUUGAGGACAUCCAGUUGAUUUUGGAGACCAUUCCGGUCUCAGAGGAAGUGUCAGACCUGGUGGAGAAACUCGAUAGCUUCUACACAGAGGUAGAGGGAGGAGGGGAAGAGGAUGGAGAAAACGAGGUGGACAAGAAACCCUUCACAAGGCCUUUUGCAAGACAAUCAGAGCGGAGUAGCCCAAACCCAGUGUUACUCGGGCUGCAGGGUAGGAGAUGGAGAUCUGAUGAAAGAGGGUCUAGCUGCAGCCUGGAGCCUAGUUUCUCCUCUGUUACCAAUGGGACCCACAGCUCCCUCAACAGUGAGGUGGAGGAGGAGGAGCUGGUCUGCUCCAUUGAGCCGCGUGUUGAAAAGUCCUACAGGCACCUCAAUGGGCACCUCAGUGAUCACAGCAAUGCUAUUUCCGAGGAGAACUAUCGACCCACAGACUCAGAUAACGAAGAGUUCUGUGACUCAAUGGAACAUCUAGCCAUAGAGGAGGGGUUGGGUACUUCAAAAGUCUACUCAUCUGGAUCAAGAGGGGCAUCAGCAAAGCGAAAGAACCACAUUUGGGAUGAGACUAAGAUGGCAUUAAAGUUGAACCGAGAGGAUGUUCCUGUCCUCGAGGGACCCCUUCUCAAAUUAGAGCUUAGUACAACCCAAGCCAGUAGCUCCUUGUCAAAGAGAGGGAUAGGGUCCCAGUCCCCAACGGUCCCCUGUGGCUCCCAGCUGUGUGUGAAUGUAGAGGCCGCCUGCUGUUGUGCUUCACAGAGCAGACAUUCCUGGAGCAUUGACAGGGGUAACAUCAAUGAGCAGAUAGCCAAUGCACUGCUGAGGCUACAGGAUGACAUGGCCAAUGUGCUCCACAGGCUCCAUACCCUGGAAGUCCUGACUGUCUCACAGUCAAGAUCCCCUUCACCAAGGCAAGAAGACACCCUAAGACUUGCACGAAAGAGACCAUCUUGGUGGCCUUUUCACUUGUCUCCAAUCUCUUUGGUAUUGACUACAGUCUGGCCUUUGAUUGCCCACGGGCUAGUCCAGCUUUACUUACAGCGGAAGAGAAGGAAAAUUAGCUGAAUCCAGCUGAAUUUUACAGAUCAGUCACAAAACAUGCUCUGCUUAUGUGGAUGAAACUUUAGUUUGGAGCUUGCUGUUACUUUUUUAUGCCACUGAUGGAGAGCGGUCACUCACUACAAGUAAUGGAUAGGCUACAUCAGGUAAAUGUAUGUCUUAACAGAGGGUUACUACAGGAAUACAGUGUAGCAUCUGCAGUAAGACAAGACUGCCUUUAGAAAUGCUUUGGAAAUAUUCUUUGGAUUAACAUAUCAUAAACGUAGGCACUUGCUCAGAGCUGAUACAUUUACUUCAAUGUGAAAGACUAACAUGAAUUAUCAAGGUAGAAAAAGUCACUUGAUCACAUAUCAUAACUCAUAACUUUUAGUUUGUAAAACAGUAAAAAAUAAAAUACUUGUAUCAUGACUGUAAGUAAUUAAUGGGCUUGCACAACCAGUUUUAGCCAUUUAGAUUCAACGUUUUAUUUAUUGUACACUUCAUAAAUAAUAUACUUCUCUGAUGUAUUUGAACUAUAACAUGAUGUAUUAGAAAACUGUAUUUGUGUGUGUGUCAUGAAGUGUAUAUAUAUAUAUAUAUAUAUAUAUACACACACACACACACACACACACAC